AUGACCAACCUAAAAAAUCCAUCUACAGUCUGGCAUUAUGCCAAAAGAGAAAGUUCUUGGAUAGAAGUACUUGAGACUUUCUGUUUCAGUCUGGCCUCUGCCGACGUAAGAGAUGAGCUGAGCUGCUCCAUUUGCCUGAACAUCUAUACAGACCCUGUCACCUUGAGAUGUGGACACAACUUCUCGCCGGGGGUGUAUGAUCGGGCCCUGGAUACGCAGGAGGCGUCUGGAAUUUAUACCUGUCCUGAAUGUCGAGAAGAGUUUGAAGAGCGUCCAUUGCUGUAUACAAGUAUUGCACUACGGAACAUAGCAGAACAUUUCCAGACUGUCCAACCAGAGAGUGUGAUCUUGUGUACCUACUGUAACCACUCUCCAACACCUGCUAGAAAGUCAUGUCUGUCGUGUAAAGUGUCCUUAUGUGAGAGACACCUGAGAGUCCAUAGCAAAUCCAGAGAACAUGUACUCGCUGAACCUACUGCUUCUAUAGAAGAUAAAAAAUGCUCCAUACACAAGAAGACCCUGGAGUAUUACUGCCUAGAAGAUGCUACUUUUAUAUGUGUUACCUGUUGUCUGGCCAGUGAGCAUCAGGGCCACCAGGUGGAGCUUCUAGAAGAAGCUGCAAAGAAGAAGAAGGACAAGAUGAACAUUCUUCUGAGAAACUUAAACUCCAAAAAAGCAGAAACAGAAAAAAAGUUCCAAGACCUCCAAGAAGGCAGAAGAAGAGUACAGGAGAAGGCAGCUGGUAUAAGAAAGAGAGUCACUGUCAUAUUCAGAGACAUCAAGAGACAGCUGGAGGACCUCGAGAAGAAGGUCUUGAAUGAUAUCUCUAAACAGCAAGACGUGGUGACCUCCACAGCCUCCAACCUGAUCCAACAGCUGGAAGUACAGAAAGAUGAGAUAUAUAGUAAAAUACUGUAUGUCAAGGAGUUGUGUAACAUGACCGAAGCAGUGGCCAUUUUGCAAGAACAAGAGUCAAAUGGAGACCAUUUUUGUGGUUUCCUCAGGGGAGAGUAUGAGGAUGAGCGGGGGAAUGCUAACAAAGUGGACACUGUAGACAAUCUGGAUGAAGACUUAAUCUCGGAGACAUUAUUACAAGGCUUAUCCCAAAUACUGAAAAAUUCAAAGAAAGGGAUCCAUGUCCAAGUCCCUACAGAUAUUCAUCUGGACGUGAACACAGCUUGUAAAAAUGUCAAAAUAUCGCAUGACCUGAAGACGGCAUCUUGGUCCCAAACUAAGUUGAACCGUCCAGAAACUACACGGAGAUUUCAGGAUCCUCAAGUAUUGAGCUCCAGGAGCUUCUCCACCGGACGGCAUUAUUUUGAGGUGGAGACUAGUAAGACAGGUAACUGGAGGGUGGGAUUGUGUUACCCCAGUAUAGACCGCAACGGGCACCAGUCAUGGAUAGGGGAUAAUAAGAAGUCCUGGUGCUUACGGAAGGUCUACUACAACAACAGCAACCUGUAUUCAGUAAUGCACGACAGCAAAGUCAUUCAGUUACCUCAGCAAUUAUCUUCUCACAAGUUCCGGGUCUACCUGGAUUACGAGGCGGGGCAGUUAUGCUUUUAUGAGGUCAAUGACUCCAUCCGACACCUCCACACCUUCACCACCACCUUCAUUGAGCCUCUUCACGCUGCCUUUUGUGUACUGAAGGACGGGUGCAUAAAGAUCUCCAGUUGAGGAUAUUUGGAAAAGCUGCUCAUGAAUAAGUAACACCAUGGAGAAGGUUGUUCGAGGUGGUGGACACUUACCAUAAUCUAAGACAAGGCACAUUGUUAUGCCAAUCAUGUUCAAUCCUCCUGAAUAAAUAUAAAUGGAUUUAUGUGUCAGGGCAGAUGGAGGAUUUACCAUUUGAUAUUAGACAUGGAUAUUUCCUUGCGUUGUUUUCGUGGCCACCAUCAGGAAUGUUUAGGCUUCACUCUGUCAUGGAGUCCUGGCAACAAGGGUAAGACAUGUUGGCAGUGGCUUUGUAGGGGCAAUAACACAACGUGGGGCAGGGGCUCUGGGGUUGUAAGAGAGCAAACACUGGCUAGAAGGUGUCUGUGGGGGUAAGAGGGUAAUUGAAGGUCCCAGGGAGGUGACAACCAGGCAGGUGCCCUGUGGACAAGGGGCCAGGAUAGAAUCACAACUUAACAGGACCUCCGUUGAGGAUGGGGGAAAGGGGGAACAUCAAAGUUAAUAUUUUUGGGCACCACUGGGGUGGGCAGCCAAGGCUUUGAUGGGUGGGUCCCUUUUGUGGCAGGGCUCCUGACAGCGGUACCGCCCUGAUGGUGGCAGCCAAGCUCCAGAAGUUCAAGUACGUUCCUGAGCGGCUCCUCUUAUUUCUUGUGUUUUAUGUAAAUGUAUCGUGAUGAUUUGUAAUCAAUAACUGAUUGUCUCAAGGGGCCUUAAAAGGGGUUUCCAGGAAUACACAGUAAUGGCCUAUGAAUCUGUGAUUGACCAUUUCCAUUCAUUCACAAUCAGCAGAGAUCUUGAAACAUAAAGUAUAUAUUGAUAUAAAACUGGAAGCCCCAUUGAAGCCAAUGUAGUAACGGAGGGCGUGGAAUAGUCAACGAGUCCCGAUUUGCCUCUUACCAGGUCACAUGAUCAGGCUGUCAUAUUCCCUGCAGACAGAUUUUGCUUUUGUCAUAGAUUAAAAAGGUGGAAAAACAUGGAGGCUUUCUUCCAGUGACCUGUCCGCAGGUUGUGUGUGGUUGUGCAGAUCAGACGUGACAACCCAUGGACAGGCGUGGAAAAAAGCUUCCCUGUUUCUCUAAUUCUCUAAUUCUGUACAUUCCCUUUAAAUAUAUAUUUUUUUUUUUGAAAAAUAAAAUGUUUGAAUUUUUGAGAUUU